UACUCUGUGGCCUGGCCACAACUUGCCUCAAACAAAAAUUACAUACAUCUGUAAUCUAACAACUAUGAAUAAAUAAAUCUACGGAGAUUUCAGUGAAUUUCACGUGAAGAUCUUGAAAUUGAUGAAUUUGAGCUUAAAGCGUGAUCUAAUACAUAAAUUUAAAUCGAACGUUUGUAGUUUUUAGCUCGUAUUGUGUGGUCGGUGUUGUGAGUGUGAAUUUUGGGUUGAAAUUCUCAUCAUGGUCAAUGUAGUGGUUGCAGGACUUCCCAGAGACGUCAAAAUACCGAGGUUCAUGAAUUUUUUGAAAAAAGUGGUAUUUAGAUGCAAAAAAGAGAUACACAUUAACUAUGUAAAGCAUUUAUCAGAAACAUGUAAAGAGAUAUCUGUUAGCGCACACUACAAGGACGCGCUCAAAGCAAGGAAGAUUAUGAGCGGCUUUAUAUACAAGUUCAAUAAAAAGCGUUACCCCUUGGAAUGUUGGUUGGAGAAUUUGGAUGAAGAAAAAAUUGAACCUGUGCCUGGUGAACAUGUCCAGGAAUAUACCAGCUGGGGAGGUGAUGAUAGGGAGGAGGAGAGGGCAGUAGGGUGGAUGGACAGACAGCAGGAGAGGGGAGUGGAGAGGAUGGACUAUGAGCCUCCGAGGAAGAGUCGUCGUUACCCAAGCAGUCCAGUUAGGGUACGAUCGCCGUCCCGAUCCAGGUCAAGGUCAAGGUGUCCCAGUCCCUAUCAGGCAAACGAGUUGGAGGCUAUUGAGCUCAAGAUAGAGCUGAUCAGGAAGCAGAGGAUCCUGAUGGAGGAAGAAACUAAGUUGCUGCUGGAGAAGAGAAAGCUGGAGUACCUUCAGAAUUUGGGAUCCAACAAUAUCGGGAACUUUGCAAGAUUCGAGGAAGCCUGUAGACGCAACGACGCCGAGGAGAUUUCUGAUUUCCUGGCGUCGGCCGAGACCUCUCAGGCUGGCUUCCAGAAACCUGCGAAGUUGCCAGGCUUCAUAGGGCCUUGCAAAGAGAUCACUGCACAAAUGAAAGGCCUUGUCCGGGCUCACCGCAAAAUUAACACUGAUAAUUCCUCAAUAUUCUGGAACCUUCUCCGAGCCUCGGUGAAGAAGCGUCUGGCCAUUAUUCUGGAGGGCAAGACGUUCAUGCCGACUAAGGCUAUAGUGGGCUUGUACAGAGUCAAAUAUCCGCAAAUUACCGAUCCGGGGUUUGUGGAAGAGAUCUUGAAUACCGUCAAGACGAGCUGCUGGCCCGAAAAGCCUAAAAAGGCGGAACCCGCGGCAAGUACUACAGAAGGUCAAUCGACAGAGGCUGAAAAUCCUCCCACAGAAGCUCAAGAUUUGACUGGCCCUGAAGAAAAUGAAAACCAGACUGCUGAACACGCAAGUCAACUCAUAGACCCGGACGAUUACAUUGAUGAGAACGAAGUCGAGGAUUGGGUUGAGGAUGACGAUAACGGUGCAGGCAACUUUCAGGACGGUGCUGAAAAAAGUGGUGACAGCGGAGAGCCAAACGCGGCAACCGGUGGCGGAGAUUUACCAAACAUGGCGGAAGAAAACACAGAGGUUGCCGCGACUACGGAAAAUGAAUUCGAGGAGGUUGAGGAGGCGGUAUGGAUCGUUGAUGAUGCUGACAAGUUUAGACAGUCCAAGUUAACCGAAGAUGCGGGACAAGGACAGACUACUGAAGAAAACGAAGAGCUGUAGGUUUUCAUUUAUUUAAGACUAAAACAAUACAUUUAUGUAUUACUAUCAUUAUUCAAAUGUGAACAUUGUCCUUAUGUACAAGUUAAAACAUGUAAUUUUUAAUUUGAGGACAAUUAAAUUUAGUUGUAUGGUAAAUGAUUUUUUAUUUCGAAUACAUUUCCUUGCUUAAUAAUCUAUUUUUACUGAAUUAGCUUAAAACGUAAAAUGCGUGAGAAGCGCACUAUACGAGGUCCACAUUAAUCAAAAAAAAAAAACAAUUUUAUACAAACUUACGCCUUUAUUAUUAAAUCCUUAGAACUUAUACUUCACUAUUUUAUACUUCAUUUGAAUUUUUCCUUUUCAGUGAACUGUUUUAUUUCUGGUAACAUUAAGAAAUCUCAAGUCAGAUUUUUUUGCAUUUAUUAAUAAAGACCUGCAGAGUAACAUAGGCUACUUUUUAUACAUGGAAACUCGAUAAGUUCCCACGGGAUUCUUAAGGCGGAUUUAUAUUUAACUGACGUGACGACACGUGUCGUGUCCUGACGUGAUGCCUAGCGUUUACAUUGAUAUGUCGUGUUCUGACGCAUCAGGAUAAUCUUUUGAAUCAAUACUAACGCAGCUCUAGAAAAGGUCAAACGUUUAAAAUGUUCUUCUAUCAAGCGAUGCGACUCUGACGCGUCAUAACACAGCACUGACGCGACGCGCGCACAUUAAUCUGACGUGUCGUGAUGGCACCGCCGUUUUCGCACCCCCCGCAACCCGCCGCUCUGACGCGAAUCGGGAUCGGUUCUGACGCGACACAUCAGAAGCCAUCACGACACGUCAUUGUAAACGUUUCCAUACAAAAUGUAUGAUACCGAUUCAGUUCUGAUGCGUCACGACACGACAUGUCAGU